AUGGCGUCAAGAAUAGGACCUCGAAGCGUCAAGGACGCAACACGCUUCACAUCAACCAUCCCUCACGCCACGUCCAAAACAGCCGGUGCGGCCGGGGGACGAGCUGCUGCCGCGACGCCAAAGCCGUCACCCCGGGUUCCCGGCGAGACUCCCGAGCAGCGGGUUCGACGAUUGAGGCAGGCACACAUCGCGGCACAAAAGGCACAGAUCAGCCGGACAGAUCGGGUCAUCGAUGCGUCGAGGCGGUUCCUGGAUGUUGCGCAUCGAUGGACCGUCGGCGGCAUCGUCGUCUUUACGGCUGUCGCUGGUGUAGUUAGCGUCUACUCCGUCUGGGACAUGCUCCAAUACAACCGCGCCCGCCGCGCGGAAUGGGUCGAAGCCCAGAAGAAGCUCGAGGCCGACUCCCUCGCCGCCGCCCGCAUAGCGUACCUCAAGGGGACCGCAACCGAAGAGCAGAUCCUCCUCGUGGAAGAGGCCAACCGCGAAGCAAAGGAAUCUGGCGUCAAGCUGCCGCCCCUAUUAGCGCCGGCGGAGCACCGAACACAUUUCGAGGAGCACGUGAAGCCGAAAUUUUCUGGAGAUGCCGUCGAUGAGGAGAAGGCGGGAAAGGGCGUCUUGGGCGUCUUCUCGGGUUUCUUUGGUGGAUCAACGGCAGCUGGGGAGACGCCGUCCAACGCAACUGCGCCGUUGGCUGCCGAGGGUGGUGUAGUGCAGUCAAUUGAGACCAAGGCCAAGGACGCCUGGGAAGCAGAGAAACAGAAUCAACUGAAAGGCGGAAGUCUAGACCAACUGGGUCUGGAUACUGGCAGUUCAGGACAGAAAACAGGAAAGCGCGGCUGGUGGCCUUGGUAG